UGUCCUCCUUUCCUGGUGCAGCCUGGGAAGAGGGAAGGGAAUGGAGCUCAUCAGGGUAAGUAGCCGGAGCUCCCUCAGCUCUCUCCUAAUUGCCACCCGUCCUUGACGGGACAAUCCGGGACGGAUUGAGAGUCAUCGGCUGCUCAUGCGAGGGCUGAAGUGCUGAUUUGUCCUCGGCGUCUGGAGCGCUCUGAUGGGAGGCAGUGCCGGCUCCGACUGGGACUGGGGAUGCUGAGUGGAGGGAGGGAGGGGCUGUUUGAGCUGGGACAGCAGCUCCAGCAGCAGGGGGAGUACCAGGCUGCCCUGCACUGCUUUCUCAGCUGCCUGCUUGGACUGACCCAUGUGCAGAGCUUCACCUCUUUACCCAACUGCCUUCACCAGAUUGCAGAACUUUUCAUCACGGAAAAGAAUUAUGGGAAGGCCCUCCAGUUCAUCCAGGCUGAAAAAAUGUUCUACGAGGUGGCAUUGAUCGAGCUCACGGCUCUUCACGGGAGCACAGGGUCCCAGGAGGAGGCUUCACUGGGCUCGGCAGGAUGGUCGACCCCAGAGGAGCUCUCGGAGAAGGCGUCACAGGCACAGCACCUCGAGCGGCUGGCCCAGCUCUGCAUCAUGAGCAAACAACCUCAUCUUGCACUGGAGUACAGUGGUAAGGCUGCAAAAAUCCACCAGAGGGCCUUUGGUAACGACCACCCAAUAACUGCCAGAAGCCUGGAGCUCAUGGCCACAGUCUAUGCCGAGAUUGGCAAAACUGAAUAUUCAGACUCUCUGGGUCAGCGUGUCUCCGCACUCUCCAAACGCUUUGCUGCUGUCGAGUCCAUCAGGGACACAGUCAACGGUUUUCCGCCUUCACAUCAGGAAAAACACUCAGAGGUUCGUCACAGAAAGGACUUUGGCUACCAACAGGAUGACAAAACAAAAGACAAGUUAAUCAACGGAAUAAUCCCCACAUCUAUCCUCAAGAAGCCAAACUCCACUUGUGGGUCCGACACAGAAGCCACCCAAAGACGGAAAGGCGAACGGAGGGUUCGAUUCCGGGAGCCGGAAACCACAGUGCAUGCCUAUGAGACGACCCCAUCUCGCCCUCACCUGUUCUUGUUCACCUGCCUCUUCCUGAUGAUGUCCUUCCUGGGCGUGGCCAUGUACUGCACAGACCGGAGGCAUCCACAGCGAGUGUGUGAGCAGCUGCAGGCCGCUCUGGCUGUCUACCUCCUUCACAUGAAGCAACUUGUGUGGGGUUGUUGGAUAUGGCUGACGAUGCAGUGAUGGAGACCAACCACAGGAGGGGACAUAUCGGGUGCAUCUUUUGUGGUAAAACACAUGGCUCCCAUUCAUUGAAUAUCCUUUAUAUCGAUUUUAAGGUCCAUGGACGUGUACAUUCUAUUUUCAUAUUCAGCCGCAGCGUCAAUUUUGGCAGACCCUGUUUUUUGUAUCUCACUGCAUGCCAAUGUAAGUGGGCCGGCACAGCAGCAAGAGUGUCGUGGAGAUAAACCUGGUGGAGUGACAAUCUGAUGACAGAAAGUCGAUCUAAAUUUUAAUCCUUGGCAGAAUUGUCUAAGUGUUUGAUCUCUUUGAAAUUAUCCCCCUGGGUAAUUUAAGUCACCUGUGACCACUCCCACAACGGCGCUGCAUUCCCUUUGCAGAUCCGCCAGCCUACAUUCAUCUGAGAAAGACAGUCUACUAAUGUGCUAAAUUGACCUAAUAGCGAAGGCAGAGAGCAUCCUGCAUGUUCAUGGACCUUAAGCUGGAUAUAAAAGAUAGCAAAUGAAUGCUCAAGCACCGUUUCAUACUGCUCACGUGUUUACUUAAUGCGUACAUUCACGCUUCAAUAGGGUCACUACAGCUUUUCGCUUUUAUUCUUAAAUUUUGCACAUAUUGCCUGCCACACUCGAUUCCUCGGCUGCCCUCGACCUAUUGUAUGUAUUGUAUAUGACUUACAUUGAAUGCAAGUAUUUAUUUUUGUACAGUAUGCAAUUUGUGUGUAUGAUAUUUAAUGUGUUUGCGCAAUACACUAACAAAUAUAAUAUUCGCCUUUAUAAAAUGUAAAUAACAUACAGGACACAGAAUUAAAUACAUUUGCAUAAUGCAUACGAGUGCUGCAUCAAUAAUAUAGAUAAUGCAAAGUUUUCAUUUAGUUGUUUUUGAUCGGGGGUUUUUUUGUAUUUUAUUGUUAGAUUGUUAUAAUUCAUGAUAUUAUCUGUGUGAACGCAUUUGUUGAUGCAGCUCUUGUAUGGGACCUCAUUAGCUUGUGCAAGUGUAUUUAAUUUUGCCCGUGAGAGUAUUUGAAAGCUGUAAUCCAUGUGAAAUGAGGAAGAGAAGGAAAUGAGCUGCUCAAUGACGAUAUGAGCGAGAUUGCUUUCGGUCACAUUGCAAGACUGGUUGACUGAAAAUCAUCGCGACUCAUAUAAAGUUCUGAAUUGCUCUGUUACAUUUUUGGAUUUCUUAUAUUGUGUCAGAUGGGUGGGUGAUUGACAGAUGGAAUGUGUUCCACUUUAGAUAUUUUGAAGCCAAACACAGAUGAUAAAAAGAACCAGUUGUUGUGUGAGUCGCCUUUAUCAAAGCAUAAUUCAAAACACCGUAUACAUUUUUUGUUUAUAGGAGCACAAAACAUUGUGUACCUCUCAUUAUGAGCAAUAACACCCAUCCCAUAUUUAGCAUUGAGUUCUUCAUGGUGUUCAUGGAGAGCGGAUUAUGUCAAAGCAAUAUUUAAUAUAUGAUUAUAUGGAAGCAAAGAAGAGAUAUUGUCACUGGUCACUUUGUAUAAAGUGCCUUUAGGGAGGGUUUUUUUUUUUUUUU